CCCCAGUCUGACAUUUUUAUCCUGACAGCUUGAGUUAAAAUUGUAAGUUGACCCUUGUCUAAAUGUAUGUCAGUGUGGUUCACUAGUUUGCCCAGUAGAUGCAUGAAAAAAAACCACAGACUGUAUGGAAAAAAACAUUUUUCUACGUGGUUGAAACCAUCAUAUGAAAACCACUGACAGAGAAACGCACAUUAUACUGCUUUACUUAAAACAUUAGUUUGAGAUACAACACUUGUGACAACUAACCCCAGCCUCUCUUAAAUGUCUUCUCACGCUUUUUGCAUUGCUUACAGUUAAGUCCAUUACACUGACCAUCUGUGUUAUUAUCAUAGACUGUAGGUUAUUAUCUAGUACUAAUGUUUGCGCCUUCAGAUUAGUUAGUCAGUUUGCAAUCCCAACCAAUAGCAAGGCAGAAUCCCAAACGUUCUAAACCACAAUGAAUCCAUUAGCUCUCUCCAAGUCCAUCAUUUUCGCCAGACCAAUCAUAUUUUAGCUCGUUCAUGCGACGCACCAAUCAGAGGCCGCGCUCCCGCCGGACGCUCCCGCCCACGCGUCUCAGUGACUGCGCCGCUGGAGGGCCUGUCAUUUGGAGUAACACCAGGCAAAAGAGGGGCGCUGAGACACACGACAGUCGGGAUAAGCGUCAACUUUUUUUUUUAGGUUUCCAGACUCGGAUGAACUCCUCCUGACACAUUUUAAAGACUAGUCAGCGUCAGCCAAACAUCUGCAUGACUAAAGGAGCAAAACGACGUUCAGGGAAACUAACGUACAUUGCUACAAACUCAGCGCACUAACCGACAAACCGAAGCUGCGCACUACACUAACAUUCUAACGGUUAUAGAAGUUUAAUUAAUGACUGAAGUUAAUUAAUGCCUGGGGAGGAAUUUAUUCGCGUACUUAGCGGUGAAACUACCACAUAAUAAGAUUCAGUCAUGUCAGCAUCACCUGUGCACUCAGCUCGGGUCAGACGCAGCAAUGACGGGUCCCCCAUCAACGGCUCCUCUUCCUCCUCCUCUUUAGCAUCAUCAUCCUCAUCCUCCGCCGGCAACACGAGCCGGUUGCAGCCCAUUCGCGCCACGGUGCCCUACCAGCUCCUGCGUGGAAAUCAGCAGCACAGCCCAACCCGCCCUCCCGCGUCCUCCUCCUCCUCCUCCUCCUCCAUCUCAGUCGCAAGCAACACCGAACCCACAGCAUCAGCCCAGCACCGCAGCCCCAGUCCCGGCAGCCCGGCAGGAAGCGGCUCGCUGGACGCUCGGCUGAUCCCGCGGCAGAGGCGCUCUCCUCCGGAGCACAGGAGCUCACCGGAGCGCUGCCCUCACUCACCUGUGCUUAGAGUUGAGAGGUCAAAGUCGCAACAGGUGCGGAGCACAGGUGCUAUCACACGGACUUCCUCUCUGGGUGCUAUCACCGGGCCCUACCUGAUAGGGCAGUGGCCACGUGAAACCCACCUGCACAGCCCCUCGUGCAUGAAAGACAAGUCCACACAGACUCCUGGAUGUUGGAGUGACGAGAGCGAAGGGAAAGGGAACACACACCAGCGCUCGGCGUCCUGGGGCAGCUCUGACCAUCUUAAAGAGAUUGCUAAGCUCAGGCUCCAGCUGCAGCGCAGUAAGCAGAGCGGAGGUCGGCAGUGUAAGGACAGUAACGAGCGUCUCUCCCCCCUCCACAGCUGUAGCAGCAGCACCUCCAUUACUGCCACUACCAUCAGCACAGCCAGCCAAGCUCCGUCAUCCAUGUCGAAGUCAGCACAGAUGCCACUGUCCAACAUCACGGUGCCAAAGCCCUCCAUCUCCAGGGUUCCCAGCAGCAUGGAGGGCAUCAACCAUGAGCUGGAGAAAGUCUUCAUCAAAGAAAACGACGAGAAAGAGGAGCUCAAGGCGCUGGAGGUUCCUGACGGCCGACGGGCUCCGUUUCCUCCUCAGCAGCGCAGCGGCAGCAGUCGUGGUAUAGACACUCAGACUUCAUCAGUGCCUGGACGCUCCAGCAGCUGCUCGAGCCUGUCGCCCUGCCCCUCGCCCGCAUGCCCGCCCCGCUCACAUGACGGCAGCCCUUACUCCACCGACGAGAUGCUGGACGACAGAGACAAAGACAGCGGCAGCAGUUCUCCUCUGCCUAAAUUCGCCUCGUCCCCAAAACCCAACAACAGCUACAUGUUCAAACGGGAGCCUCCAGAGGGCUGUGAGAAGAUCAAAGUGUUUGAGGAAAUGACGUCCAGACAGUCAGCCACCGUCCCCCUUUUCUCCUGCCCUGACAAAAACAAGGUCAACUUCAUCCCCACCGGCUCUGCGUUCUGCCCCGUCAAGCUCCCGGGAUCCCAGCUCCAGCACUCGGGCUCCCAGCAGGAGGACGAGGAGAAAGAGGAGAGCCAGGCCGGCCCCAGCGGCUCACACCACCACCACCAUCACAUGCCCACUCAGGUCUCCACCAGCACGAGCACAGACGACCCUCCCGAAUCUCCCUCCCAGCCUCAGAACUUUGAAGUCAGCUAAACGCUGCAGAGCUGGUCUCGGUGUAGAGGACCGUUCGUUCCCCGCCCCAAACUUUCUCUUCUCUCUCUGAUGGACCCCACCUUUGUGCUGAAUCUUUACUAUCUGCAUGGCAUAGCAACUGCGGCCCGAACAAGAAUCGCAAAUGCAAAAGCAGCCGAAGGGUUGGAGUACAGCGUCUGGACGGGAACGGCGUCUGAAGGAUGCGUUUUUGGGAAAAGGACCUUAGAAUAUGCAAAUCCAAAAUUCAAAUGGCUUCACUGUUAUCUCGAUAAAUGAGUGAGAGUGUCAUACGGAAAUCUUAUUUAUUAAAUUUGCCUAUUUGAUAAGUUCAGUCACAUUCCAGACAUUCCCGUUUUGCUUUUGUCUUUUGCGUGUCGGAUGUGGUACUUUUCCAUCUGGUUUGAUUCCGAGUUGAUCCCCAGCAAACGCAGCUUUGCUUUCGUCGUGUGCUUAAAAUUUAAGCAAAGUGGCUUUUGUGAGCACUAUAAUCAGCGCAAAGCCACCGAUUUACGAGGAGAAAGACGACUGACGCUUUCAGGAAGGUCUUACUAGUGUCAGGGCAUGCAUUUGAAACUGAUCGUAUGUUUAACAUUAAAUUAUGUGUCGUGUUCUCUUUCAACAUCCACAGUAUGAAUAAGCUCUCUCUCACUAUCAAUAUAUCUAUAUAUGAGAAGUCUAUAUAUAAAGAAAAAGCUUGUUUGAAGUUAAAACCGUGUAUUGCUGUGUUAUGUGCAUUAUGGGAAAUGAGCUGUACUCCACGGGUUGACGACUGUCCAGGUUUCCUACUUUUUGAUGAUGUUGCAGAACGAGAAAAUUUCUGAAGGUUUUGUUUUCACACUUUGUUGCACAGUGUCCGCCUGCGGCCCACCUCGCUUCAGGUGCAUCACACGCGCUUUAAACUCAGGUGACACUCCGUCUCAUCGUUCUCUGCGUUCCAUCACAUUCCAUGUUGGGAGGUUUGAGUGGGUUGUUGAAAACAUCCUCACAGUCACUAUAUGCAGGGUUUCCGCGGGUCUUAAAAAAGUCUUAAAUUAAGUUGUAUCAAAUUUAAGGCCUUAAAAGUCUUAAAUUGUACAGGAAAGUCUUAAAGGGAUACUCCAUCCCAAAAUGAAAAUUUUGUCAUUAAUCACU